AUGCGCGACCACUCUGUUCUGCUCACUUUCAUCGGCAUCCUUCUGUCCUCGACGACAGCGGAAGCUGGCGGCUUUGACAUUAUCAGGCCGACAAAGAGCGCUAGUCUAACCCUCGACAAAUUGAAUAACAGCGGUCCGUUGGACGAAUGUCCUGCGAUCCCGACCCCGAGGCAAGAAGUUCCAGAUCCUGCCCUCUCGGAGAGCGUCGGGAAAGAAACGUGCGGGUUCUUUAGCACGGGCGGAGAAUACGCAACGGUCACUUGCACAGGCGGUACGGGAACCACAGGAAUCGCUUGCCAGAAUACAGGCAGAUGGCUCUGCGGAGGUCUAUACACCACCUGCCUAGGCCCUACCGAGCCAGUCUGCAAUGGUAAGACAGAGAACGGGGUGAGGACCCUCUGCUGUAACACACAGAGCCCAGUCUGCGGGACACUCCUCCGCGGCUCAGGGGAGAACCAGAGGACGGGCCUGGCCUGCUUCGGCUCCGAGUUCAAGACAAAAUCCAUCCAGGCUCUCGCGACUGUGAGGUGGCCCACGUUCAUCACCGAGCCGCCGCCGCCUUCGACAACGUCCAGGCCUGCGCUCGCAUCUGCUAAGCCGUGCGCCACGCCGACGGCGACGACCCUCUCGGAAUCUUCGACGGCAUCAAUGUCUUCAACGUCCGGACUCCCUGAAUCUUCGUCACCAUUGUCGUCCACUCUGGUCACGGAGCAGCCAGCAUCGGUGGGAAGCACACAGAGCGUCAUCGCUGAGGUUUUUGCUGCACUGGCCUUUGUCUUCUGUGCGGCCUGGGUCGGGUUAUGA